AAAUAAAGAAAGAAAGAAUAAGACUAAUAAGUCAAUGAUUACACUUAAAAAUGGAUUAAAUGCUUAUCAGACAAAAUAAAGUAAUAUUUUGAAUCGUCAAUUAUUAAAACAGCUCUAAUCAUAAGGUGUGAACAUCAACAUUUUCCGUCGUGAACAGUUAAAAUGCAAGCAAAUUUUCUUCAGCUGUUCCAGGAGCGGUUUAGGGCACCACUAAAUGGCAUACAAGGGUUUUCAUUUGAAGAUUAUCGUCUCCCACAACAAGUUUUACCCUUUGGCUUCCCAUUUCAACAAUACCAAAAUCUACUUCCGGUUCCGUCUUCACAUGCGCAGUCGAUAUGUCCAUCACCGAUGAGCCCCGGCUUACUGACACCUAGAUUUUACCCGCCGCUAGGACUCAGUUUCCCGACAUUGAACUUCAGUCAGAAGGAAGUUGACAUGGUUCUCUAUGGCUACACAAAGAACAAGGAAGACGAUAAAAGCCGUCAUGCUUUGUCCGGAUUGCGGUCUGGAGACUUGAGCUAUGGUAUUGACAGAAUCUUGUCAACAAAAUCAGAAGUGAAAAGCCCGACCCCACCACCGGCACACCAAGGAAUAUCGGUCUCUAGGUCAGAUAUGUUGUUAAGCACACAUACAGACGGACAUUUGACUGCAACAAAGGACACCCGAACAGUCGAUAUCGAUGGCCUUGACCUUCCAGAAGGCUUGGUAAUCAGGAAGACGUUGGUGGCGGGCUCGGUUCACUAUGGGGUAUUCUGUAAUAAGCCAGUACUUACAAAAGGUACAAAGUUCGGACCUUUUAAAGGCCGCGUCAUCAACACUAGUGAGAUUAAGGCAAAUGAUGAUAACUCUCUCAUGUGGGAGAUUUUUCAGGACGGGAAGUUGAGUCAUUUUGUUGACGGUAGACGGAAUGCUGGGAACUGGAUGGCAUUUGUCAACUGUGCCAGAUAUGCGCAAGAACAGAACCUCAUUGCUCUACAGGUUGAGGGGGAUGUAUAUUAUGAGGUGUGUAAAGAUAUAUCGAAGGAAACCGAGCUAUUGGUAUGGUAUGGGGACAGCUAUUUACAGUUUAUGGGCGUUCCUGUAUCCCUCAAGGAAACAAACAGUUCCGAGGCGCAAGAGGAGGCGGAUUCGUCAGAAGGAUACCAGUGUGAGCGGUGUGGUAAGGUAUUUGCAUACAAGUACUAUAGGGACAAACAUUUGAAAUAUACCAGAUGUGUGGAUCAAGGUGACCGGAAGUACCCCUGUCAUUUAUGUACAAGGUCGUUUGAGAAACGUGACAGACUCCGGAUACAUAUUCUGCACGUGCAUGAGAAACACAGACCUCAUAAAUGUGUCGUCUGUAACAAAAGUUUCAGUCAGUCAUCAAGUCUUAACAAACAUAUGAGAGUACAUAGUGGAGAGCGACCGUACAAAUGUGUUUACUGCAAUAAAGCAUUCACUGCCUCAAGUAUUCUACGGACUCAUAUAAGGCAACAUUCUGGAGAAAAACCCUUUAAGUGCAAGCACUGUGGAAAAGCAUUUGCAUCCCACGCUGCGCACGAUAGUCACGUGAGAAGAACGCAUGCACGUGAAAGGCUUUGCGCAUGCUCAGUCUGCGGAAAAUCCUUUUCUCAACCUUUUGAAUUGAAGUUCCACAUGACAAUUCAUAUUCAGAAGUGAUCAUGAAAAGAAAAUAGUUGAAAUAUUGUUUGAUUCAUAAUGAAAAGUGCACCUGUCAUUUGUAGGACUGCCAACCCCAAGAAGAAUUAUAUAAUAAUGUUAAGAAUGCCAUCUGAGAUUAAUCAGUAAAAUUUCCGCCUUUUCCUCGCCACUUUUUUCCUGGGAGGGAGACGGCCAAAACUAUAGAGAAAGUGCGGACUGCGGAAAGUUAUCAAUGGGGUCGAGGUUACAAGUGGCUUAUGCAUCUAUAGGUCUUACUGCAUAAAAUGCAAUUUAAACCAGCACAUUGACUGCCAGAAUGAAAAUAGAAUAGAGAACCUUAUAUCGAGGUUCGUUAAUGUUGUUUUAAUCUGGUAGAAUGUUUCUAAUUUUAUCUGGUAGAAAUUAGCUCAUGUAACUGUUUUUUUAAACAUAUCCGUUUGUUCUAUUUAUUG